AAGCUGCUUUCACUUUGGGUAGUCAGCAGCUGGGAGCUGCAGGUCAAGUGCAGACCACACAGCUCUGGGCCCUGCUCCAUUGCGCUAGGCCCUGCCGUUCCUCCCCUGCCUUGAGCUGGGCUCUUCUGCCCCCAGGGCUAGGUGGUUGCAGCCCCACUAAGCCAGAAGCCACCCACCAUCCUGUUUGCUCUCAGCCAUGGCACUGCAUAAACUGCAAGGAGCAAUGAGGAUUUUCAGCUGCCAGAGGAGCUACUCCCUGAAGGCACAGGGGCAACUGACAAAGGACUUCAUGGAGGCAUUGAAAGCAGUGGCAGGAAGCUCAAAUGUGUCCAUGUCUCUAGCUGUUCGUGAGCAGCAUGGGAGGGAUGAAUCCAUGCACAGGUGCAGCCCGCCAGAUGCAGUGGUCUGGCCCCAGGAUGUGGAGCAGGUCAGCAAGCUGGCUGCGAUGUGCUACAGCCAGGGUGUUCCCAUAAUCCCCUUCGGCACUGGCACAGGACUGGAGGGCGGCGUGAGCGCAGUCAAGGGCGGUGUGUGUUUUAACCUGACCCAGAUGGAUCGCAUCUUGCAGCUGAACACAGAGGACUUCACUGUGGCUGUGGAGCCUGGGGUGACCCACAAAGCACUCAACAGCUACCUGCGGGACAGCGGCCUCUGGUUCCCUGUUGAUCCUGGUGCUGAUGCCUCUCUCUGUGGCAUGGCUGCCACGAGUGCCUCAGGGACCAACGCAGUGCGCUAUGGCACCAUGCGCCACAAUGUGCUCAACCUGCAGGUGGUGCUUCCUGAUGGCCGGGUGCUGCACACGGCUGGCCAGGGGCGCCACUUCAGGAAAAGCUCUGCAGGCUACAACCUGACAGGGCUGUUCAUAGGCUCAGAAGGGACACUGGGACUCAUCACGCAGGCAACGCUAAAGCUCCAUGGCACCCCGGAGGCCAUGGUGUCAGCCGUGUGCUCCUUCCCCAGUGUGCAGGCAGCAGUGGACUGCACAGUGCAGGUGCUGCAAGCAAGCAUCCCCAUCGCCCGCAUUGAGUUCCUGGACGAUGUCACGAUAAGUGCCUGUAACCAGUUCAGUAGCCUCAGCUAUGCAGUGUCCCCCACGCUCUUCCUGGAGUUUCACGGCACCCCCAGGAGCUUGGAGGAGCAGGUCCAGAAUACAGAGGAGAUUGUGCAGCUGAACGGUGGCUCUGACUUUGCCUGGGCCCGAGAACCAGAGAUGAGGAACAAACUGUGGACUGCUCGGCACAACGCCUGGUACGCGGCCCUAGCCCUGCGACCUGGGAGCAAGGGCUACUCCACGGAUGUGUGUGUCCCUAUCUCCCAGCUCCCCAAGAUUGUGGUGGAGACCAAGAGAGACUUGGAGGAAUCUGGGCUCACGGGCACUAUUUUUGGUCACGUGGGUGAUGGGAACUUCCACUGCAUCCUGGUGCACAACCCAGAUGACCCAGAUGAGAGCCGACGUGUCAAGGACUUCACAGACCAACUGGCGAGGAGGGCUCUGGCCCUGAAUGGCACCUGCACAGGGGAGCAUGGCAUUGGGCUGGGCAAACGCCAACUGCUGCAGGAGGAGAUUGGAGAGGUGGGGCUGGCCAUCAUGAAGCAGAUCAAGGUCAUGCUGGACCCCAAGAACCUCAUGAACCCUGGGAAGGUCCUGUGAAGAGUCCUUGCUGGCCCAUGCCAGAGCACUGAGCUGACAGGGAGGAGCAGGGGAAGUCUCCAAAGGCAGCUCCAGAGCCUGGAGUGGAGCCCCCCCCAGGGAAGCUCUUGAUUGUAACUCAGGCUCUGGAAAUUCAGAUGCUGGGUGGAAGAGAAAAGUCCCCCCAAGUCAGAGACUUGUAACCAUGCUAUGCUAAUGCAGAGUUUAUGGCUUGUGUGUGUGUUGGGGGAGGGGGGAUGGAGAACAUAAGAUCGACCCAGAUUUAAUGUGUGAACAAAAAUACAACCUACAUGCUUCCUUCCUUCCUCCCCCAUUCUGCUGGCACCUUUCACCCAUAACCCACAUCCCCUGUCACCUAUGUCCUGGGCUCAGUGCAAACUCCUCUGCCCAUACCCCUCUGUCCUAGCCCAUGACUCCCACGUUGUCUCAGCCCAGGCUUCCCAUCUCUACCUCUGCCACUGCCCCUCAGUCCUACUGUGAAUUCCCCUGCUAUCCUAGUCCUUGGCUCUCCUUGCCCCAGCUCUGCCAGUGGCCUUCAGUCUGGGCUCCCCUGUAUAUGGGGCUUUGCUAGUACCCCUCAUACCGGUGAGGGAAGCAAGCUGUGGAUGACAGCAGUUUCUAUGUAGUUGCCAAGCAAUAUUAGUUGAAGCAGUGGGGAGGUGAGCUCUGGCUACCUGAUAAGCCCUACAGAAAGCUGUGCCUACAGACCUUUAAGGGAAAAGUGAGCAUCUGUUCUAGCUGGGGCUGGGGAGGGGAUCACUAAACUCCCCAUGGGGUACAGCAGAGCCAACCCAGCACUGUUCUCUCUGCUGUGCUGCAGGGUGGGUAGCAGCAGUCCCAGCCAGGACAGCAUCUUAGGGUAUGCAGCAGGGGGGAAGGAGAGCCCCUGUGAAGCACUAUGACAAUUCCAAGACCUGGUGCUGGAUGCCAGAGCUCAUGCAGCAGCACCCAGCACAGAACAGCAGCCAGUGAUGGCUGCCCUAACCCCUAACUCCUUGCAUGCACAAAGGUCCUACCUGAGAAGUGCCAGGUUGUCCCACAGGGGCAGGUCGCGCAGCAUGUUGGGCAGGCAGCAACUUGGCUUGGGGUGUGCCACAGCAGUGACAGGGUCUCCUUAUCUUCCCAACCCAGCAGUUCCCCACAGAUGGCCAUAGCUCUCCUUUGGCUUUCUCUGUCCCUCCCAAAGGGCUCCAUUGAGUAUGUAUGUAAUAGGAGUGAGACCCUUUGAGCAUACUUAUGACCGCAAUAAAUGUAGCAAAUCCAUAA